AUGCGUAAUGAAUUUAUGUCUGCAUGGGAUGGCUUGAGGACAAAAGAUAGUCAACAAAUUCUCAUUCUUGGUGCAACAAACCGGCCAUUUGACCUUGAUGAUGCUGUUAUUCGUCGUUUACCUAGACGGAUUUAUGUGGACCUUCCAAAUGCGGAUAAUCGUCUAAAAAUACUUAAAGUCAUUCUCUCUCAAGAAUGUUUAGAGACCGACUUUCCAUUUGAGCAACUGGCAAAUGCAACUGAAGGUUAUUCGGGAAGUGAUUUGAAGAACCUAUGUGUUGCUGCAGCAUAUAGACCUGUUCAGGAACUUCUGGUGGAGGAAUCAUCG